AUGUCGAAUUUAUCCAAACUUGAGUUUGUGGCAUUAGAUAUUUCUGGAAAGAAUUAUCUUUCAUGGGUACUCGAUGCUGAGAUUCACUUGGCUGCUAAAGGUCUUGAUGCCACUAUUACUCAGGAAAAUGAAGCAUCGAGUCAAGAUAAGGCGAAGGUUAUGAUAUUCCUUCGUCACCAUAUUGAUGAGGGCCUGAAGAUUGAAUAUCUGAUGGUAAAAGAUCCACUUGAAUUAUGGACUGACUUAAAGGGGAGAUAUGACCACCUAAAGGCAACACUCAGCAAUAUCGUGAAAAAGGGUUUUCAGAAAUAUUCUGAACUAAUCUCAUGUCUUUUGGUGGCUGAGCAACAUAAUGCUCUUUUAAUGAAAAAUCAUGAAGCUCGUCCCACUGGAGCUGCUCCAUUACCGGAGGCAAAUGUGGUGGAAGCACGUGAUCAAUCUGAAGUAAAAAGAGAUGAUCAUCGGGGAUAUAAUAGUGCACGAGGACGUGGCAAAUAUAAAAGACGAUACACUAAUCGUCAAGGUGGUGGUCAUAAUAAAAGGGAGAACAACAUGAGUUCUCAAAAUAACCCCUCAAAAAGUAAUUGUCGUCGUUGUGGCAUGAAAGGCCAUUGGAAGAAUGAAUGUCGUACACAUGAGCAUUUUGUAAGGCUCUAUCAAAAUUCCUUUAAAAAGAAAGGAAAUAAAAGUGGUGCUUCCUCUUCCAAUGCUCAAACUGAGUCACAUAUGACUCUUAAAGAUGAUUAUAAGCCGGGAACAUCUCAGAAAUAUGAUAAGGAUGUUGAAGCAAAUUUGGCUUUAAAGGAUGAUGUUUUUGAUGGCCUUGGUGACAUUACUCAUAUGGAAGUUGAUGACUUCUUUGGAGAUCGAAACUGA